AAUAGGCCCAUAGUCUCAAGCCCAAUCAAAUUAACUCACUCUCUCCCACACUCAGCAACUCGUCUUCCCGCUGCCCCCGCCAGAAUCCGCCGCACUGCAUUUUAUUCAGCUCUCGCCUCCCAUUAAUGGAGGAGCUCCCACCCUUCUUCAAUCCUUCAAUAUGAGAAAAUCCUCCUCCAUUCUUAUUCACCCACCUCACUCAUUUCAUCACUAUUUAUUUACAAAACCCAUUUCAAUAUCUUCAAUUGCACCUCUUCGUGAUAUAGACCCAGACCCACCUGAUUUCAAUUCUCAAUUAAUCUCAAUUCUUUCACUUCCAAAUUGGCAAAAAAAUCCAUCUCUCAGAACUUCAAUACUCCCCAUCAUCUCAUCUUCUCACGUUUCAUCUCUGUUUCAGACUUACCCUAAUCUCGAUCCUCACACUGCUCUCAAAUUCUUCAACUUUUUACCUCUUAAAAAACCUAAUUUUAAACACUCCGUUCAAUCCCAUUCUUUUCUGUUAAACAUUUUGAUCCCCAAUAAAUUCUUUGGCGUUUCUGAGAAAUUACGCAUUGCCAUGAUCAAAACUUGUGGUUCCAUUGAUGAUGUCAACUGGGUUUUGGAUUAUUUGAGAGAAUUGAAUAGGAAUGAUGGUAGUGAAAUUUUGAAGUUUAAGCUUAGUUUAAGGUGUUAUAAUGAGUUGUUAAUGAUGUUAUCUAGGUUUUUAUUGAUUGAUGAAAUGAAGAGGGUUUAUGGGGAGAUGUUGAAUGACUUGGUUGCACCAAAUAUUUAUACUUUAAACACUAUGGUUAAUGUUUUCUGUAAGAUGGGUAAUUUAGUUGAGGCUGAUUUGUAUAUGAGUAAGAUUUUGCAGGCGGGUUUGCGGCCGGAUACGUUUACUUACACUUCUUUUAUAUUGGGGCAUUGUAAGAAUAAUGAUGUAGAUAGUGCUUUGAAUGUCUUUGGUAUGAUGCCAAAAAAGGGUUGUCGUAGGAAUGAGGUUUCGUAUACUAAUCUUAUACAUGGGUUGACUCAGGUUGGGAGGGUUGACGAGGGAGUUGAUUUGUUUAGGAAGAUGAGAGGGGAUGAUUGUCAUCCGACUGUAAGGACUUAUACAGUGAUUAUACAUGCGUUUUUUAAAAAUGAUAGGAGAUUGGAAGCGAUAAAUUUGUUUAAUGAGAUGAGGGAGAAGGGUUGUAACCCGAAUGUUCACACUUAUACUGUGAUGAUCGAUGCUAUGUGCAAAGAAAGUAAGUUAGGUGAAGCUAGAAUAAUUUUAAAUGAGAUGGUGGAGAAAGGGUUGGUUCCUAGUGUGGCCACUUACAAUGCCUUGAUUGAUGGGUACUGUAAGGAGGGAAUGAUGGAAGCUGCACAGGAAAUUUUGGGCUUGAUGGACAUGAAUAACUGUGCUCCGAACGAGCGCACAUACAAUGAGUUGAUAUGUGGUUUUUGUAGAAAGAAAAAUGUUCACAAGGCAAUGGCACUUCUUAGUAAAAUGCUAGAGAGUAAGCUGACACCAAGCGUGGUUACAUAUAAUUCCCUAAUUCAUGGUCAGUGCAAAGUAGGUCAUUUAGAUAGCGCUUAUAGGUUGCUUAACAUGAUGGAUGAAAAUGGAGUAGUUCCUGAUCAGUGGACUUAUAGUAUUUUUGUAGAUACUCUAUGUAAAACAGGCAGAAUUGAGGAAGCUAAUGUUCUGUUUAAUUCUCUAAAGGAGAAAGGCAUAAAGGCAAAUGAAGUGAUAUUUACUGCUUUAAUCGAUGGGUACUGCAAAGCCAGGAAGUUGGAUGAUGCUAAAUCUUUGCUGGAAAGAAUGCUUAGUGAGGACUAUUUGCCUGAGUCAGCAACUUAUAAUGCACUUAUAGAUGGGUUCUGCAAAGAAAGAAAGGUUCAAAAUGCAUUAUUAUUGGUCGAAAGCAUGGUUCGGAAGGGUGUGAAGUGCACAGUCGAAACAUAUACGAUUCUUAUUGUAGCAAUGCUGAAAGAGGGUGAUUUUGACCAUGCUUAUAGGAUUUUCAAUGAAAUGGAUUCGUUAGGAUAUCAGCCUGAUGUGUAUGUUUAUACUGCUUUUAUUCAUGCUUACUGCAGCUUAGGAAACAUAAAAGAAGCAGAGGAUAUGAUGGCUAAGAUGAUCGAAAGAGGUAUUUUUCCUGAUGCCCUGGCAUACACAGUGUUAAUUGAUGCAUAUAUACACCUAGGAUUAUUAAAUCCUGCAUUUUGUGUUCUCAAGCGCAUGUUUGAUACUGGCUGUGACCCUUCUCAUCAUACCUAUUCCUAUUUAAUCAAGUAUCUUUUAAAGGAGGAACUGACAAAGAAAUAUAAGGGUGUGAAAGUACUUGAUUCUGUUCCGAAUGCCUUCUUUGCUGAUGUUGCUGAUGUUUGGAAGAUGAUGAAAUUUGAGACUGCUCUAGAGCUUUUUGAGAAGAUGUCGGAACAUGGUUGUUCGCCUAAUAUUAAUACCUACAGUAAGCUCAUUAUAGGACUUUGCAAAGUGGGUCGACUGGGAGUUGCCCAGAAAUUAUUCGAUCAUAUGAAUGAAAGAGGAAUGUCUCCUAGUGGAGAUAUUUAUAAUUCCUUACUCAGUUGUUGUUGCGAGCUGGGAAUGUACGGGGACGCAGAGCGACUGGUAGAUGCUAUGUUGGAGCAUGGUCAUUUACCACUUCUAGGGUCUUUGAGUUUACUCUUUUGCGGGCUUUAUUAUGAAGGGAAUAAAGAGAAGGCUAAAGCACUUUUCUCUGCUUUGCUUCUAUGCGGGUAUAAUGAUGACGAAAUAGCUUGGAAAGUUCUCAUUGAUGGAUUCCUUAAGAAUGGCCUUGCUGACAUAUGUUCUGAAUUACUGGACAUCAUGGAGGCAAAAAGUUGCCAGAUUCAUCCUCAAACAUACAAAUUGUUAAUUGAAGGACUCGACGGGACAUAAUUCUUAUUAUUCUUUCUAUUGAAAGGCGUUUAUCCAUAGGGCUAAAGACCCUUAAGAUUCCACAUUGAAUAUACUGGGGUUUUUUUUCUUUGACUUCGAGGAUUUUAGGCCUCAUGUUCAAUGAGGUUGGACAUUUUUAUGUGAAAGAAAUACUGCAAGAUAUUGCAGCAGCACCAUGUAGAGAAAGAACACUUUAGACAACAAUCAGAGAAGUAAGCGGUGCUGAUAUACAGAUUUUGGAAGAGGAGCAGAUCUUGGAUGGUGCAUCAGAAAAUGACGUGGUAGUGGAGGUC